ACCACCAUGAUCCGCCUGAAGGACUUUGUCCUGAGCCGAGUGGUGGACUUCCUGCAGGAGCAUCUUCUCAUCAUCAUUGUCGUGACCUCCCUUCUCAUCGUCAUGGUCUUCAUCAUCUGCUGUGCCUCUGCCAUGAGUCACAAGCGCAAGCUGGAGGCCUACAAGCCCCCUGCUAAUCCACCCAGGAAGUAUAUGGCGGACAAAACCGGAGGACGCAAGAAUUCAAGCGAGCUCCAGGAGAGGCCGUACGCUGUCGACCACGUCAAGAGAGUCCAGACUCAGAGCAUGGCCUCCCCCAAGAACCUGCGCAUGCCCUCCAAGGCUCUGGUGGGAGAGAAGGGGAGAGAUGUCAGGUCGUCACCUCGCCAUGAGGUCAGGAAGGUCAGGGAGGCAGAGGAGGUGGAAAAGCCCAAGCACAAAGAGCAGUCGAAGCACAGAGAAGAGCAUCAGAGCUCCAGUCCCAGCACCAGCUCCGGUCAGCCCGUCUGCACCUGCCAUCUUAAAAAGGCCCACCACUAGAGGAUGUUCAAGGCUACUGUUGACAUAAACGGUGAAAAUGUUUCAUGAAAUAAAAACAGAAUCAGAUAGGUUGGUUAUUCCAUCACACAUGGGCAAAAUAUAUCAAAAUAUCAUCAAAAUUACCUUUUUUUACAACUGGAAAUAUAUUUAAAUGAGGCUUGUGCCCUUGUAUGAAUAACAACACUUCUUUAAAAGAAUAACCUCUAAACAUUGAUGAAAACAUG